AUGGAAAAAAAUUGGUUAGUUAACCUUAUUGAAUUAGCAAAAAAUGAAGAAACCGCAGAGGUGAAAUCACGGAAAUCCAAGCACCAAAUUGACGGAGUAGAAGAAGUGACAUCAACCAAAAGGGUGAAUUUAACAAAUGUAUCACUUGAUGAUAGUAGAAGUAAUACUACCAACGUUGCGUAUUCUGGAAAAAAGUUGGAUGAUAGGUCAAUAUUAGAGUCAGCAGAUUCGAAAAUGAAUCAAGUGAAUAAUAAUUUGCAUUCUGUUCCAUCUUCUAACGUUAAUCGUGAAGAAGAUAUCGACCCUGAAUAUUACGAUGUCAAGAAACGAGCAAAGAUUCUUUAUUCAUGGGAAGAUUCAAUUAAUAAGAUUGAUUUCAAAGAUACUUCUAAAAAGGAUGUGAGUACACAAUGUGAUGAAAUUCUCUUUGGAGAAGUAAAGCCCAAGGACUCAUUAUCAAUAUCGGCAAAAAAAGAUCUAGUUAAGCUUGCUAACUUCCAAACGGAUGCUUUAAACGAUUUAAUUAAGAAAUAUGGAAACAAAAUUGGCAUGAUUUCUUUUGGCAUAUGG